AUGAUAGCUGCAGCUGGGUACCAACACAUCCGGAUGUACGACCUGAACUCCAAUAACCCCAACCCUGUGGUGAACUAUGAUGGCAUCAGUAAGAACGUGACGGCCGUCGGGUUCCACGAGGAUGGGAAGUGGAUGUACACGGGAGGGGAGGACGCCUGUGCCAGGAUCUGGGACCUCAGAUCACGAAACUUGCAGUGCCAGAGAAUAUUCCAAGUGAAUGCUCCUAUCAACUGUGUGACUCUACAUCCAAACCAGGGAGAGUUGAUUGUUGGAGACCAGACUGGUGCCAUCCAUGUGUGGGACCUGAAAACAGACCACAACGAACAACUGAUCCCAGACCCUGAUGCAUCCAUCCAGUCAGUCAGUAUAGAUGCUGAUGCCUCAUACAUGGCUGCAGUCAAUAACAAGGGCAUGUGUUAUGUGUGGACCCUGUCAGGAGGGUCAGGGGAGGAACACACUCAGCUGCUCCCUAAAACAAAGAUCCAGGCUCACAAGAGGUACGCACUCAAGUGCAAGUUCAGCCCAGACUCCACACUUCUGGCGACCACGUCUGCCGACCAAUCAGUGAACAUCUGGCGAACGACAGACUUCUCGCUGAAGUGUAACCUGGCGCUGAAGAACAGCACGUUGACAGAACAGGUGCAGAAACGCUGGGUGUGGGACUGUGCCUGGUCCAGCGACUCACAGUAUCUCGUCACAGCUUCGUCAGACAACAUGGCCCGUCUGUGGGCGGUGGAGCAGGCUGAGGUAAAGCGUGAGUACAGCGGACAUCAGAAGGCCGUUAUAUGUCUGGCCUUUAACGACUGCCCACCAACUUAA